AUGCCCAUGUACAUUGAGUUGGCACUGCGGCCCGCUGGGUGUUGGUGGGUGUAUACUGUUCACUGGCAUGCUUUCGGGCGCACGGCCAACGAAGACGAGCGUUUCGAACCUCUGCUCGUGGAGAACGACUCCACGAUGAAGUUGCACCCAGUUGUGACACUCUUAGCUGUUACGUUUUUCGGCUUCCUCUGGGGUCCGACUGGCAUGCUCCUGUCUGUGCCGAUGAUGACGUAUUUCAAAGCUGUUCUCUUGGCUGAGUACGUCCCAGCAGGAUACCGUGAUCCACUCCUGAUCCUCAUUGAGGGCGACCGCCGGGCGCCGCGGAGGCUCCGUGCAAAGAAGCCCGGGCGCAAGGAACCCCGCGAUCCUGCAGACGACGAUGACGACUGGCACGUCCGUCGCCACAACUCCGACUGA